AUGCUUGAUAUAGGGAAUCCUAUUGGCAUCAUCAACAAGUUCAAGUCAUACAGGUCGGUAAGGAUAUUCAUCCCAGACAUUCCUUCGAGUGUAUGUGCAGCUAAGAUUAUUACAGAAAUCCUCCACAAAGAACUUAUCAGAUUUGAAAUGGAUUUUCAGCCUGAAAAGGUAGAGCACCACUCCGACCAAGAUUUAAAUGUGUUCAUAGACCUGGAUCCCAGAGAAUGUAAGAAUUUCCUUUCUCUUUGUGGCCAAGAAAACUCUUCGCUCCAAGGCUCCUGGUUUGUAUGCACCUGCAAGCCCAACUGGAUUCAUUCAUGCAUGCUGGCAUACUCCCUAGCAAAGGCUAUGAACUACGUCACUACCGAUGUUCUAUGGGCCAUGAUCGUGUGCUUUGGGUUCCACAGAAUAUUUACAAAGGACCUCACGCCGGUCGAUGAUCUAGAGAAUGAAAGCAACUUCUCAGACAGCAUAUGUGCAGGUUGUCGAGAGCUACAUGCAGAUCUCGUGUUUGAGAUCCAAAGGGCCGGUGUUUUGACAGACACCGAUGGGCUGUAUUACGUCGAAAGACCUUGUAUUUCCUUUCUGAACUUUACGUCCCUGUUUUCAGCACUUCAGAAUGAUAUUCCAUUUGUUGUCAGCAACAAGAUAUACUACAAGAAGAACAAAAGCGCUGAGGCCCAAAGAAUCUGUGAGUACCUUGCAAGAAAAGGGAUUUCCAGAGAGGCCUCAUAUGAACUGUAUGGGAACCUUGGAUACAGCACAAAAGCAUUGAUAGAGUCACACUUCCGAAAAAGGAAAUGCUUUGUAAAAAAGAUUGGAUAUGGCAUCGAGGUAUCCCCCAUAGAAAACUUCUUUCUGAUAUGCCAUCAUCUGCUAAAAGGCGCUAGAGUAGACGCUUUUCUGUGUCUGUCAAGUAGAGAGGUUCUGGGAAUGAAAGAAAGUAUUAAGAUUCACCACGAACUUAUCUGGAUAUACAGAGACAGCCUUGCCAACAUCCGGAAACUUGGAAAUAUCCUCCUCUUCAGGAUCAACAUUUCCGAGACUCUGAAGGGAAUGGCAAUAGGCGUUCUGGUACACCUUUUCGAGCACUAUUUCGACAUGUACAUAAGAAGAAGGUACAGUCCCUCUUUCAGGCAGAUGAUUAUUUUUCAGGGAUAUCUCGAGGAUAGAUUUAUCGUGACAACAGACGACCCUCCAAUCUCCUCUGAGCUCUUCCACAGGAGAGAAAGACUCGGGGGAUAUGUGGUAAUGAAUAGGAAUGAGCUCUUUGAGAUUAUUGCCAAGGUAAAGACGAAGACUGGAGAGGUGUCUUCUAUUGCUGUUUAA